CGUUAACUUGGUCAUUGUUACUGAAAACUGAAAGUAUCGGCAACAAUGUUUAUAUUUCUGGCAUAUUUUUUAACCUUUAGUUUAAUAAAACAUAACCUAACGAAAAAAGCUCAGGGAAUUUUUAUUCUUCUGCAUUGAAUACCAACAAACUCACUAGAUUUUCAUGGCCAACCCUACUAUAUAAAGAUCGUGGACGGAUAAUAACAGAGGAUUUCUUCCAACAUAUUAAGCCGUAAGGUGACCACGCUUUUCGAUUUUGGACUUUUAUCUAAAACUUUUUUAAUAAUUGGUGCGGACAUUCCAAAAAUCCCACAAUAAAUAGAUAUUUUAUAUAUUUUACAAUAUGAAUCUGACACUAUAAAUUCGGGUCGGUAACCCAGGAGCGGCAUUUCAAGGUUAAACUUGAAAAAAUUGGUAUUAUUUCCACGAUUGACGUCACGUACCUCAAAGACAGAACACUGCAUAAAUUAACAAGUUGUUGGUUGAUCUUGAAAUACUUACCUUAAUUGACAGAAACACCAUUCUCCAAUUAAAACUCAUGCAUAAUAAACAACAGACUGACGCACAUGUAAUAAUUACGGUUUUUAGCGAAAAUGACUUUACCGUUUCAGUUCAACGUAAAAACUAUCAUUGAAGAUGGACGGAUCACAGAAAGUGACAUUAGUGCUAUUAAAAUUUGGUUGCAAACAACGUCUUUGCCUCCACUUCAGGAACACUUCAUCGUUUUAUUUCUUCUAGCGUGCUCGAAUGAUCUUGUUUCUGUUAAGAUUACAAUCGAAGCUUACUUCAAAAUCAAAAAUGAAGCACCGCAAAUUUUCAACAAUUGUGACUUGGAGAACACGGACAUGAAAAAAAUCUUACGUGUAGUGGGGUUUUGUAUUCUUCCUAGAAGAAUGGAUAAUAACACUGUGGUUAUUGUGGGAAAGCUGAAUGAUACAAAUUAUCGCAACUGUGAUGUUAUAUCUGUGGCCAAGCUGGGUAACAUGUUGCUACAUCUUAGUCAGAUUUAUGAUCCUCCAAAUGAAGUUACUCUGGUUAUAGACAUGAAAGGGAUGGGUUUAAUGCAUCUCACGUGCAUUAAAAUGAGAGCAAUGUUGUCAGAACUUGCGUACGUCCAGGAAGGAGUGCCUCUAAAAGUACGAGAAAUUCACAUACUGAAUGCUAACUAUAUAUUUUACCGAAUUUUGGACUUAUUUAAAAUGUUUAUCAAAAACGAAUUGUUGACAAAGAUUAGAGCACACUCUGCUAAAAACGAUUUUCAAGAAUUCCAUAAAUAUGUGCCAGUGUCUGUUUUGCCGGAAGAAUAUGGGGGAGAAUUAGCUUGUUUUGAUGAAAUUAUGAAAGAAACGCUUGAAGAGCUGGUUCAAAACCAGCCAUUUUUUAAAGCUGAAGAAGAACUGAGAAAAUUUAAGUAGUUGUGCGGUCGAUGCAAUCCUUAUUUAGUUGUUUAAGUUUCACUUAUAUUUAGUGCAGGUAUCUUAUAAUAUGUUGUAUUUUUCAGAAAAAAAAACAAUAAUAUUCAA